CACACCAUCGGCUCAGCGGCUAAGAUCAGGAAGGCUGUCCGGGACUUGGAGCAGGAACUCAGGGAGGUGGAAACCCGAACCACUGAUGCCCUGCAGAGGGAGGAGCUGCUGCGACGAGUUAUUAGUUCGUCUCUGGCUGUUUCCUGGUUGCAGGACUUUCGUUUUUCACUCUGGCUUGUUUUUCUGGCUUGUUAACGGUUUGGUAAGUGACAGUUUUCAGUGUUGACUGACUCUCAGCUGCUCUCUGAUCUCACCGUUAGUUUCAUGAAAGUGUAAAAAGCAGAAAUUCCAGAUGUUUGUGUGUGAAAAGCUGCUGUUUGUCUCGAGAAGCGCUUAGCUCUGUGCUAACAGUUAGUCGCCGUGUUCAGGAUCAUCAGUGAGCCACGUUUUUCAGCCUGUAUGUGUUCACAUGUGGUCAAACUGUCCAGUCAGAGCAGCCGAACCAGCAGUCAGCAGCUCCUGUCUGCAGUGGACCCGUGGACGGACAGACAGCUGUCUCUGGAUCACUGUGAGACUGAAGGAAACUUAGAAACAGCAGGAUUCUCAGGCAGGUUCUGCAGCCGCUUUCUUCUCUGCUGUCUCAGUGGGUUUCUGGAGGUUUAUUCUGGACGGACGUCAGAGAUAAUGAUCUCCUCUGGAAGUCUGAAGCUACAAAGUCUCUGUGAGUGGAUGUGAAUUCAGCUGAGCGACGUCCAAAAGAACAUCGUCAGUGUUGCAGUGACUGAGUGCAGCUCUCCAGCAGCUGUGGACUCUGCUAUGGAUCAGAGUGAGGGCAGAGAGGAGGGAGUCCCUCCCUCUAAAACCACUCUGUGUGGGGAACAUGAAGCUCAGAGCCCAGAGCAGCAGCAGCAGAGACCAGACUCUCCUGAACCUGGACCUGGACCUGGACCCGGACGCAGCUGCGUUUCUAUGAAGAGUGCCCGGUCCAUGACUCCUCCACCUGAUUUUAAGAGCCAUGAUUGUGAGACAGAAAUCAAGCAGCAGAAACUGGACUCUCCUGAACACAGCUGUGUAUCAGUGAGGAGUGACCAGUCCAAGGAAUCCCCUCUUCUUUUUAAAGAUGGACAAUCUGCUUAUCCAAGAGAUCAGCAGAAGAACUCAAAGAUUCCCAGUGAUCAGCCUGUCCAGCAGCAUCAAACAGACCUGGACUCCAUAUUUAUGCUGCUGGAGGAGAACAUUGUCACUUUUGUGAAGAGUGAGCUGAAGAGAGUCCAGAAGGUUCUGAGUCCAGAUUAUCCAGAAUGCUUAGAGAGUCAGAGGGAGGAUGAUGAGGUGUUGGACGGUGAGGAUAAAGAGCAGAGAAGGAGGAGCAGAGAGGCAUUUUUGAAGAUCACACUGCACUUCCUGAGGAGAAUGAAUCAGGAAAAGCUGGCUGACUGUCUACAGAGCGGAACUCAUGCUGCAGUGUGCCAACGUAAACUCAGGUCUAACCUGAAGAAGAAGUUCCAGUGUGUUUUUGAGGGGAUUCCUAAAGCAGGAAACCCAACCCCUCUGAAUCAGAUCUACACAGAGCUCUACAUCACAGAGGGAGGGACUGGAGAGGUCAAUCAUGAACAUGAGGUCAGACAGAUUGAAACAGCAUGCAGGAAAUCAGACAGACCAGAAACAACAAUCAAAAAAGAAGACAUCUUUAAACCCUCACCUGGAAGAGAUGAACCAGUGAGAACAGUGAUGACAAAGGGAGUGGCUGGCAUCGGGAAAACAGUCUUAACGCAGAAGUUCACUCUGGACUGGGCUGAAGACAAAGCCAACCAGGACAUACACUUCACAUUUCCAUUCACUUUCAGAGAGCUGAAUGUGCUGAAAGAGGAAAAGUACAGCUUGGUGGAACUUGUUCAUCACUUCUUUACUGAAACCAAAGAAGCAGGAAUCUGCAGGUUUGAAGAGUUCCAGGUUGUGUUCAUCUUUGACGGUCUGGAUGAGUGUCGACUUCCUCUGGACUUCCAGAGGAAUGAGAUCCUGACUGAUGUUACAAAGUCCACCUCAGUGGACGUGCUGCUGACAAACCUCAUUAGGGGGAAACUGCUUCCCUCUGCUCGCCUCUGGAUAACCACACGACCUGCAGCAGCCAAUCAGAUCCCUCCUGAGUGUGUUGACAUGGUGACAGAGGUCAGAGGGUUCACUGACCUACAGAAGGAGGACUACUUCAGGCAGAGAUUCAGAGAUGAGGAACAGGCCAGCAGAAUCAUCUCCCACAUCAAGACAUCGCGAAGCCUCCACAUCAUGUGCCACAUCCCAGUCUUCUGCUGGAUCACUGCUACAGUUCUGGAGGAGGUGUUGAAGACCAGAGAGGGAGGAGAGCUGCCCAAGACCCUGACUGAGAUGUACAUCCACUUCCUGGUGGUUCAGUCCAAACUGAAGAACAUCAAGUAUGAUGGAGGAGCGGAGACAGAUCCACAGUGGAAUGAAAAGAGCAGGAAGAUGAUUGAGUCUCUGGGAAAACUGGCUUUUGAGCAGCUGCAGAAAGGCAACCUGAUCUUCUAUGAAUCAGACCUGACAGAGUGUGGCAUCGAUAUCAGAGCAGCCUCAUUGUACUCAGGAGUGUUCACACAGAUCUUUAAAGAGGAAAGAGGGCUGUACCAGGACAAGGUGUUCUGCUUCGUACAUCUGAGCGUUCAGGAGUUUCUGGCUGCUCUUCAUGUCCAUCUGACAUUCGUGAACUCUGGUGUCAAUCUGAUGGCAGAAGAACAAACAACAUCCUGGUGGUCUGAAGUGUUUGGAGGCAAAUCAACACAUUUUUAUGAGAGUGCUGUGGAUAUGGCCUUACAGAGUCCAAACGGACACCUCGACUUGUUCCUCCGCUUCCUCCUUGGUCUUUCACUAGAGACCAAUCAGAGUCUCCUACGUGGCCUGCUGACACAGAUAGAAAGUAGCUCACAGACCAAAAAGAAAACAUGCCAGUACAUUAAAAAGAAGAUCAGUGAGAAUUUGUCUGCAGAGAAAAGCAUCAAUCUGUUCCACUGUCUGAAUGAAUUGAAUGACCGUUCUCUAGUGGAGGAGAUCCAACAUUACCUGAAUUCAGGAAGUCUCUCCACAGAUAAACUCUCUCCUACUCAGUGGUCGGCUCUGGUUUUCAUCUUACUGUCAUCAGAAAAAGAUCUAGAUGUGUUUGACCUGAACAAAUACUCUGCUUCAGAGGAGGCUCUUCUGAAGCUGCUGUCAGUGGUCCAAGACUCCAACAAAGCUCUGCUGAGUGGCUGUAACCUCUCACAGAGAAGCUGUGGAGCUCUAUCCUCAGUGCUCAGCUCCCAGCCCUCUAGUCUGAGAGAGCUGGAUCUGAGUAACAACAACCUGCAAGAUUCAGGAUGGAAGCUGCUGUCUGCUGGACUGAAGAGUCCACACUGUACACUGGCAAUUCUCAGGUUGAGUGGCUGUAACCUCUCUGAGAGAAGCUGUGAAGCUCUCUCUUCAGUUCUCAGCUCUAACUCUAGUCUGAGAGAGCUGGACCUGAGUAACAACGACCUGCAAGAUGCAGGAGUGAAGCUGUUGUCUGCUGGACUGGGGAGUCCACACUGCAGACUGGAUACUCUCAGGCUGAUUGGCUGUAAACUAUCAGAGAGAAGCUCUGAAGCUCUGUCCUCAGUUUUCAGCUUCAAACCCUCUAGUCUGAGAGAGCUGGACCUGAGUAACAACAACCUGCAGGAUUCAGGAGUGAGGCUACUGUCUUCUGGACUACAGAGUCUCCACUGCAGACUGGCAAUUCUCAGGCUGUCUGGCUGUAAGCUGUCAGAGAGAAGCUCUGAAGCUCUGUCUUCAGUUCUCAGCUUCCAGUCCUCUAGUCUGAGAGAGCUGGACCUGAGUAACAACUGCCUGCAGGAUUCAGGAAUGGAACUGUUGUCUGCUGGACUGAAGAGUCCAUACUGUACACUGGAAAUUCUCAGGCUGAUUGGCUGUAAACUAUCAGAGAGAAGCUGUGAAGCUCUGUCCUCAGUUUUCAGCUUCAAACCCUCUAGUCUGAGAGAGCUGGACCUGAGUAACAACAACCUGCAGGAUUCAGGAGUGAGGCUGCUGUCUUCUGGACUACAGAGUCUCCACUGCAGACUGGAUAUUCUCAGGCUGUCUGGCUGUAAGCUGUCACAGAGAAGCUGUGAAGCUCUGUCUUCAGUUCUCAGCUCCCAGUCCUCUAGUCUGAGAGAGCUGGACCUGAGUAACAAUGGCCUGCAGGAUUCAGGAAUGGAACUGUUGUCUGCUGGAUUGGAGAGUCCAUAUUGUACACUGGAAAUUCUCAGGCUAAUUGGCUGUAAACUGUCACAGAGAAGCUGUGAAGCUCUGUCCUCAGUUUUCAGCUUCAAACCCUCUAGUCUGAGAGAGCUGGACCUGAGUAACAACAACCUGCAGGAUUCAGGAGUGAGGCUGCUGUCUUCUGGACUACAGAGUCUCCACUGCAGACUGGAUAUUCUCAGGCUGACUGGCUGUAAACUGUCAAAGGGAAGCUGUGAAGCUCUGUCUUCAGUUUUCAGCUUCCAGUCCUCUAGUCUGAAAGAGCUGGACCUGAGUAACAAUGACCUCCAGGAUUCAGGAGUGAAGCUGCUUUCAGCUGGACUGGAGAGUCCACACUGCACACUGGAAACUCUCAGUCUGUCACUCUGUAGGGUCACAGAGAAAGGCUGUGCUUCUCUGGCCUCAGCUCUGAGCUCCAACCCCUCCCAUCUGAGAGAGCUGGACCUGAGCUACAAUCAUCCAGGAGACUCAGGAGUGAAGCUGCUGUCUGCUGGACUGGAGGAUCCCCAAUGGAGACUGGACACUCUCAGGAUGGACCAUGGUGGACAGCAGAGACUGAAACCUGGUGUGAGGAAGUACGCCUGUGAACUGGAGCUGGACACAAACACACCAAACGGAGAGCUCAGACUGUCUGACAACAACAGGAAGGCGACAUGUGUGGACGAGGAUCAGUCAUAUCCUCAUCAUCCAGACAGAUUUGACUGGCCUCAGCUGAUGUGUACAAAUGGUCUGACUGGUCGCUGUUACUGGGAGGUCGAGUACAGAGGAAGAGUUGAAAUAGCUGUAACUUACAGAGGAAUCGGAAGGAGAGGAGACAGUAAAGACUGUUUGUUUGGAAAGAAUGAUCAGUCCUGGAGUCUGAGCUGCUCUGAUGGUCGUUACUCUGUGUGGCACAAUAACACAAGAAAAUCCAUAUUCCCCCUCCUCAAAAGCCUCCCGAUCAUCCUCAUCUUCCUUUAUCUCCUCCUCAAACUGCCCCAACUUCUUCUCCUCCUCCCCCUCCUCCUCUUCCAUCAUGAUUGCCCCUCCUUCUCAUUCUCCUGCUCCUUCUUCUACUCUUUCUUCUCCUUCCUCUUCUCCUUUCUCCUCUCCUCCUCCUCUUCUACUGACUCUCACAGAGUAGCAGUGUAUGUGGACUGUCCUGCUGGCACUCUGUCCUUCUACAGACUCUGCUUUGGCAGAUUGAUCCACCUCCACACCUUCAACACCACAUUCACCGAACCUCUUUAUCCUGGGUUCAGGUUCUGGUCACCUGGUUCCUCAGUGUCUCUGUGUCCUCUGUAGGUUUGAGAGUCUCUCCUGUGUACAGAAACACUGCUGACUGAAGAUCAGCUGCUGAAAUCAGUCACUCUGUUCACCAUCACACACACACUAUGUGUCAUUUGUCUGAUUUCAUCACUUUGAUUAUCAACAUUUUAACACUUUUAUAUUCAGUAUGAUUAUUAUUUUUUGUCUCUGUUAACUCUGCUGUUGUUACUGUGAGGAUCCAAUGAGCAGCUGCCUGUAAACAUGUUUUAUGCCUGAUUUGUUCUUCUAGGGACGGGCAUUGGAAAUUAGCAGUAGCUAUACAUGCUGUGAUUCAUUGCAUUGGACAAUUGUUAUGCAAUGUAUAUUGUAUCUCUCCCUAUCAAAUAAACAUUAAUAAUAAAAAAUCAUACACUAA